AUGCGCGUGAAGGGCGGUGCCGUAGUGGAUCCCGCUUCGGGUCUCGAGGACUGUGCUAGCGUCACUCGUGACCGCCAUGGUCGUCCGCUCUCCGCUGUCCUUGGCAUGGUUGACCUCCUACGCGGCUCCAAUUCGUAUUAUAAGCUACAGGUGCUGCGCUCAGACAAGGAGCCGCGACAGUACUGGGUUUUCCGUGCCUGGGGUCGUGUAGGCACUGAUAUUGGCGGUUCGAAGGUGGAGCGCUUUACCAGUGUCAACUCUGCCGUGCAACACUUUCACGACCUCUUUCUCGAGAAGACUGGCAAUCCAUGGGGUGUGGAGCGUGCCAAUUUCGUGAAAAUACCCCGAAAGUUUUAUCCUCUUGAAUUAGAACAAUUUGAUCCCAAGGGUGAUGAGACUGUUGAAAAUGCGAAAAUUAUGCAUCAAGUGGCAUCCAAGCUGGAAAGCCGCCUUCAAGGACUACUUCAUUUCCUCUUCGACAUCGCUUCAAUGACGAAUGCUCUUUUGGAGUUUGAGAUAGAUGCUAGGAAGAUGCCGCUGGGAAAGAUAUCACGGGUGCAGAUUCAGGAGGCCUAUAGUGUGCUAAGCGAUAUUUCUAGCCUACUGGCGUCGAAAAAGGUGAUCGAAGGUCCAGACAAGAGUCGAUUAAUUGGAGCCACAACGCGUUUUUAUACGCUCAUUCCGCAUGACUUUGGUCUGAAAAUACCACCUCUGUUGGACAGCUUGGAGGCAGUGAAAAUAAAAUCACGAAUGCUGGAUGAUUUGUUGAAGUUGGAGGUUGCUUAUUCCCUUAUGAAGACUGGUGACCACGAUAUCAACCCUCUUGAUGAGCAAUACGAAAAGUUAAAGAAUCAAAUCGAGCCUCUCAAUUGGGACUCGGAGGAAUUCAAACGGAUUGCAGAGUUUCUGCGAGUCACUCACGCCCCAACACACACAAAUUACGCUCUAGAAGUGAUAGACAUAUUUUCACUCUCGAGAGCAGAAGAAGCGGAUGGAUUCAAGGCGCUGGACAAUCGCAUGAUGCUGUGGCACGGUUCUCGUCGCACAAACUGGGCAGGCAUCCUAGCACAGGGCUUACGAAUAGCGCCUCCCGAGGCGCCUUCGACAGGCUACAUGUUUGGGAAGGGUGUCUACUUCUCUGACAUGGUGAGCAAAUCCGCUAAUUACUGCUAUGCUUCACCCAAUGCCCCACAGGGCUGUCUCCUCCUCUGUGAAGUGGCCCUCGGUCGAACGCACGAAUGUUUCUCAGCCAACGCCUCUAGACUUUCCAAGCAAUUUGGCAGUCGUAAAGGUAGUCCCAGUCUUCAAACUGCCACUUUGUCCAAUGAGAGUGUAGGUGCAACUGCACCGAACUCGGAGACGUACUUCAGAGAGCCAGAGACUGGCGUCGUCUAUCCCAUUGGUCAGCCAGUGACCUCUAAAGACAUAAAGAGUGACCUUCUGUACAACGAGUACGUUAUAUACGACACUGCUCAGAUCAAACAACGCUACCUUGUCUGGGCGGAUUUUAAAUUCGUUUUUUGA